GGUCUUGUCCGCUACGCCGCCGCCGUGUCCACUAUCAUUACGCUGUUUCGUCUUUAGGGUCUCGGCGGCCGAUGUGGAUAUUGUGACUGAUGCGAUGUGAGGGCGGCGAGGCCGGCAAGCGGGUGCCACGUGUACAGGGCAAUGAAGCUGUGCGCGUGGCUCGAGGCAAGGCGGGCACGGGAGGCAAGCGCGUGUUCCUCUCUCUCUUUCUCCCUUUCUCCAUCUUGGACUCUGCCAUCCAUUCGAUGGCAUCAUCGUCAUCUCGUCAACACCCUCAUUUGCCUGUUCACGCCGCAUCAUCUCCGCAGCCUGUCCUCCCCAUCGAGCCAUCUGACUCGCGUCACCAAGCAUAUACGAUGAGCCAAAACCUCGGAGGUCGAAGGGGAUCCACCGAUCCCAUUCUCCACGCUCACAUGGCUGCGACGGCUACCGCCAACGCCAACAACUCGUCAGCCUCGCCCGCUCAUCAGCAGCAGCAUGGCAACCAGCAUCAUCAAGCACCCUCGCCCUUUGCAGCCAACUCCCCAGGGUCGCGAAAGAGGGAUGCCGCUAGCGCCAUGCUCGACCACGCAGGUGCCAAUUCGUCUCCUGGCCAAGCCAACAAUGAUGGCGCGUCCAACAGCGGCAACGGAGGCGACAGCGACUCUCACGCAGUCAUGCAGCACAUGGGACACGAUGGCGAAGGACGAGCGUCCCUGGCUAACUUGAGCGAAUACGAUCUCGAAAACUGGGAUGGCGCCGCUGUGGCUGCUGCCGCUGCCGUCGCAAACGCCAGUGCCAACGCCAACAAUGGCGCAUCCGCUUCUUCCCCCGGACAGACAGACCAGUACGGCAAUUACUAUACUCAGACUGCUGCAGGAGGUCAUGAUGCUACCAACGCGGCUGCCCCCGGCGCUAGCGCUGGCGGCAGCAACGCGACGACUACCAGCACGAGGAGCAGCAAGAGGGUCAAUCGCGGUGCAAGCGCCAAUGCAGGUAACACGACCGCAGAAUCUGCCAACAACGGCGGUUCCUCCACCGAAACCAAGAGCAGCCUCCCUUACGCCCGCUCCCCCGAGCUUCGAGUCUCUCACAAGCUCGCUGAACGCAAGCGCAGAAAGGAGAUGAAGGACCUCUUUGAUGGCUUGAAAAAGUGCCUCCCUGAUCCAGAGACCGUCGCCGCCAACACAGCAGAGGCCGUCGCAGGCUCAUCGUCGCGAGCAGGAGCAGAAGGCGGCCCAUCGACUGAGUCGGCCAAGGAUCGCGGCAAGCUCAGCAAGUGGGAAGUCCUCUCCCGAGCGAGCAACCACAUCACCUGGCUGCAGCAGUGCAAAGACAAGCUACUUUCCGACGUCGAGCGAUUGAGGCAACAAGUCGGGCUUCCGCCCUUCGAGUUGCCCCCUUACCCUCAGGCAGAGGCUGUCAACAUCGACGACGAGUCCAAAGAUGCGGAUGCCACCAUGGGCGAGGGCGAGGCCGAGACCGAGGCCGCUUCCGAGUACAAGCAGGAGCACCAGGAGCACCACAGCGAGCACGAGCAGCACGAGCAGCACCAAAUUCCUGAGCCCCCUCAACACAGCAGCAUGACCGAGGCAAACAGGCCCGCCGAGGAGCCAAUGUCUGCUGUCCACCACGAGAACACCAAUGCGGGCCACGAGAUUCAGGCCGCCAUGAACAUGUUCAAGGCGCAGCAGCAGCAGCAGCAGCAACAGGCGCAGUAAGUCAGUACGACUUGUCCGCGCCUUCUGCCUAUCGCUAGCUACCUUCGAUCUCCAUGAUAUCCUGCUUCGAUUCCCU